AUGACUCUCUUUAUCCUCACCGAGACCUCCGCAGGCUAUGCGCUGCUCAAGGCCAAAGACAAGAAGCUUCUCAAGCGAGAUGAUCUCGCAAAGGAGGCCGAGACUGCGGAAGGCGUGUGCAGUCUGUUGAAGAUGAAGCAAUUCCACAAAUUUGAGAGCGCCAGUUCUGCGCUGGAAGAGGCUGCUGCUCUGACAGAUGGCAAGGUGCGGAAAUGCUGCGCGGCAACGGGCACACGCGACAACGAGGACUAAUCGGAUAUUUAGGUCACACCAACGCUUGCGAACAUGCUCAAGUCGAUCAAGGACGAGAAGAAAGUCUCUCUUGCCGUCGCAGACCCAAAGCUUGGUAAUGCCAUCAGCAAGCUACCCGGCCUUCAGAUCACGCCCAUCUCCGACUCGACCACCGCAGACCUCUACCGCGCUAUUCGUGAACACCUACCCUCGCUCAUCCCAGGUCUCAUGCCGGAAGAUCUUAACACAAUGUCGCUCGGUCUAUCACACAGCCUAUCAAGACACAAACUCAAAUUCUCGCCUGAUAAGGUGGACACCAUGAUCAUCCAAGCUAUUGCGCUGCUGGACGACUUGGACAAGGAGCUCAACACAUACGCAAUGAGAGUAAAGGAGUGGUAUGGCUGGCACUUUCCAGAGAUGGCGCGUAUCAUCAACGACAACCUGGCAUACUCCCGCGUUAUUCUUUCGAUGGGCUUCCGAUCCAAUGCUAGCAACACAGAUUUGUCCGACAUUCUGCCGGAGGAGAUUGAGGGCGCUGUCAAGGGUGCUGCUGAAGUCUCUAUGGGUACCGAGAUUACCGAUGAAGAUUUGGAGAACAUUCAAGCGCUUGCCGAGCAGGUUGUUGGCUUCACCGAAUACCGACAGCAGCUAUCCUCGUACCUCUCCGCACGUAUGCAAGCGAUCGCACCCAACCUCACGACACUGGUGGGCGACCUCGUCGGUGCUCGCUUGAUCGCACACGCCGGCUCUCUCAUGAACCUCGCCAAGUCACCCGCCUCUACCAUUCAGAUUCUCGGCGCUGAGAAGGCGCUCUUCCGGGCGCUGAAGACAAAGCACGACACACCCAAAUACGGUCUCAUCUACCACGCGUCCCUCAUUGGCCAAGCAUCUGGCAAGAACAAGGGCAAGAUCGCACGUAUGCUGGCUACCAAGGCAACUCUUGGACUGCGUGUUGAUGCGUUGAGCGAUUGGGGACAAAUUGGCGAAGGCGACAAGGAAGAGCCGACUGAAGAAGAGAAGGCCAGCGUUGGAAUUUCAGGCCGCGCCAUGGUCGAGAGAAGGUUACGAGGAUUGGAGGGCAAGCCUUUGAAGACUAGUGGUGUUGCAAUUGGACCACAAGGACAAAAGCAGCCCGGCAAGUGGGAAAUCAAAGAGGCGAGGAAAUACAACCCUGAUGCGGAUGGUAUCUCGGCCGACGCUAAGCCUGCACUUGCCAACGGCGACGGUCCUUCAUCGCCAAAGAAGCGCAAGCUGGUCGAGGAGGUCGAUGCCACUGCCGCCGCCGAGCGAGAAGAUGACGAGGACGAAGAUGAGGCUGAUGACACCCUUGUCAAUGGCGAGAGCAAGACCGAGACCAAGGAGGAGCGCAAGGCCCGCAAAGCAGCAAAGAAGGCCGCGAAGGAGGCCAAGCGAGCUGAAAAGGAGGCGAAGAAGGCAGCAAAGGAAGCCAAAGAAGCAAAGGACUCGAAGAAGCGGAAGCACGAUGAUGAGGCCGAGCCGAAAAAGAAGAAGCACAAGAGCAAGGCUUGA